AAAAAUUAGGAAAAAAGUAGGUGUUUUCGGAUGGCACCUGCUUCUGUAUUCUUUAUACCGUAAUGUUGCAUUUUUAAUAUAAAAAACGUAAUAUUUCUGGCAGUCUCUUGCAUAUGAAAUGUCAACAAAUUGUGAAUGAGAAGGAAAACAGCUGUUUACCGGCUGAUGAUUGUGAAUUUGUACGGACAUAAAUAAAUGUGUAUAGGGAUGUAACAACUUUUGUAAAUGUAAACUAGUAUUAUUUAUAAAAAUAUGCAGCGAAAACCCAAUGAUUCGACAUCUAGUGACUCUGAUGAUGAGGAUAAUGAACAAAUGCGCCAAUUUCUGGAAGCAGCUGAUACCACAUUACUCACAAACGCUAUGUUUCAGCCUUCCCUAGAGGAGCGGGGUCCCAUAAAGGAGAAUCUAACUGAUAACGUGGCUGAUACCGCGUCUGAACAAAAAGUUCUACCAUCCAACCGCUAUUUACUGGAGGAGGAGGGGAAAACUGAUGCAGAUUUCAUCACAACAGAAGCAGUAAAGAAACAUAUUGGCAAAAAACUUUCGGAACUAAUCGCAAAUUCUGUAGAAUUUGGAGAUUUGGAAACUCCAACAAGUGUUCAAAAAACACGGAAAAGCCGUGUUAUACUCUUCACAGGUGCAGGGUGCUAUGUAAAGCCCUAUGAAGAAUUCGAAUUCGAAUCAAAUGGUCCAACAAAAAGACCUGUUAUAAAAAGAAAGAAACUGGAUGAUCAUGAAAAAAAGGAGAAACAAGAAGAUCUCUAUGAUAUGGCAUCUGUAUCAGCCGAAGACAUUCUCAGCGGCAAGCUCACAGCAGGCUGGGCACCAAAACGUGAAAGAAAUGACAAGUUGUUUUCCUACAAAUGUGAUGCCAAUGGCAAACUCCACUUAAACCCCGAAGAAAAUGAAUUUACAAAGCUGCGCCAAAAAAAUCAUUGGAAUGAAUCAAAAAUUAAGCAAAAAAGGAAUAUUAUUUCCAGGUGAAUCGCACAAUAAACCGAAUUGUGGCUUCUAUUGAGUGUUGCAUUUAAUGGCAACACGGUUGUAGAAAAGCUUCUAAUAACGUAAAAUUAUUUAUUAAUUUUUUUAUUAAAUUUUGUACCUUUAAUGCAGAAAAGUUUCUGUUGUAUAUGUGUUAACAUUUGCACUAUUAUCUUGUCCUGAUGAGGUAACAUCUGAAUGUUUAGUCCGAAGUACAUCUUUAUAAUUACUAGAGCAAAUGAAUAAAAACGUAUGUAAAUACAUAA